AUGACAGUUUUUGGUGACCAUCCUGACCCAUCACCAUGGGGAGUUGUUGAAGGUUAUCACAAGUCACGGUGCCUUUGGGAUGUCAUGCAUGUGCUGCACAUCGGGGUCAUUGGUGACGUUGUGGCAUCAUGCCUUGCAGAACUUUUGAAAGACGGUACCCUUUGCCAGCUCAUGCAUCUACCUCCAGAAGCUUCCCCUGACUUAGUUCUCCUCCGGACUACACUGGCAGCACAGCAGUGGGCCAAAGAAAGAAAGUUAGACUUGAGCAUCAAACCCUUGACACUGGCUUCGCUGAAUUUGGGUGAUGGCUGCAAGUAUCCCGAGCUGGAUUCACAGAUCAAGGCUGCAAGAACACGAGUUCUUUUCGAGUUCACAACGAAAACCUCCUGGACGAGACUGCUGACCCAGAAGCAGUAUUUCAUGCCCAAGUCCGUGCAUGUAUGUGCUUUUCACUGA